UAACGUUCAACACAAAACAACAAAAUGAAACUGGUUAUCCUUUUGAUCGCCUUGGUGCCACUGGUCAUGGUGGCGGCCAAGUCCGCACCGGGUCGGAUGGCUGCCCGGUAUGAUAACUUCGCCGUGUAUAAGGUGGACGUCGACACGGACGAGAAGAUGGAUGAGCUGAAGAAGAUCCAUGAGCGAGUCACCGUUCACAUCCUCAACGAACUGAUGGGCCCGGGGCGCAGCUACUACCUGAUUGUUGGACCCCUCUUCCGCAGAGCUCUGGACAGGAUUCUUAACUUCCUGGAGAUCGUCUACGACGUUGUAGUUGAGGAUUUGCAAAAACUACUUGACGAUUCCUCUGUCAACAAUGACGACCAGAUGGAGUGGGAGUCUUAUCAUUCUUUGGAGACCAUCUACGAUUGGAUCGAUAAGGAGUGCGCUGCCCACGAUUACCUGGAGUGCGGAGUGAUUGGCAAGUCUUACGAGGGUCGAGACAUCAAGAGCAUCAAGCUGUCGAAGCGUACCGGCAACAAGGCCAUCUUCCUUGAGGGCAACAUCCACGCCAUGGAAUGGAUUUCUUCCGCCACCGUCACCUUCCUGCUGAACCAGCUGAUCAACUCCGAGGAUCCUGAGAUGCAGCGUCUGAGCGAGGAGUACGACUGGAUUGUGGUGCCCAUGGUGAACCCCGAUGGUUUCGUUUACACCCACGAUGUGGAGCGCUUGUGGCGCAAGAACCGUCGUCCCAAUGGCUACUCCAACAGCACCGGCGACUGCUACGGCAUCGACAUGAACCGCAACUUCGACUACCACUGGGGUGGAGCUGGCUGGAACAUCGAUGAGCCCUGCGAUCAUUGGUUCGGUGGAGAUCAGCCCAACACCGAGGUGGAGAUUUUGUCGCUGCAGAAUUUUGUUAGCUCCUUCGAGGACGGCUACAUCCGCUCGUACAUGGCCUUCCACGCCUAUGGUCAGUACGUCCUCCUGCCCUACGGACACUCCAACACCGAGUUCCCUCCCAACUACGAGCAGAUGAAGCGCAUUGCCGCCGCCUUCUCUGACGCUGCUGCCGAUGUCUACGGUUCAUCCUUCACCUAUGGAGCUAGUGGUCUUCUGAACUAUGUUGUUUCUGGUGCUGCCAAGGAUUGGGCCUACGGCGUUAAGAACAUCCCCUUCACCUGCACCGUGGAGUUGCGCGACAAGGGCACCUAUGGCUUCUUCCUGCCCUCCAACCAAAUCACCGAAGUGGGCACUGAGGUCACCGCCGGUCUGAAGGCUCUGGUCAACCAGGCCGCUGCUGAGGGAAUUUUCAAUUAACUUCUAUUCAGUAAAAAUGUACAACACUAACUGGGUGUUGCAACGAAAAAAAUAAAUAUAUUAAAUUAUAUUUAUAUAAUUGAGCAUUGAAA